AUGGACAACGUAAUCCAAGGGGCUAAAGACUAAAUUGCAGAUGCAAUGGCUAAGAGUGGAAAAUAGUUGCCUUCUAUUCCAAAAUUGAAUUUAGAGGAAAGUGAUGAUGAUUCUUUCGAUAGAAAUUAUGAGGAGAGAAAGAAAGAUUAGAGACCCUUGCUAGGAGGUAAUAAUAACACAGGAAAUAAUUAACCACCAGGGGAAAUAGCUUUGGCUAAUAUUAAACCAAACAAAGAGUAGUCAGCUCCAAACCCUACUCUGAAAAAAUAAAAGCCUGAAGAUUAGUAACCUAUAGUGCUAGCUCCAUUGACUGAUUAGCAAAUUAAGAAUAUGAAAGAUAUCCCUGUAGGAGAACCACCAGGCUAACCACCCAUGUAUACACCAUAUUCACAACCAGGAGGAGUAAAUAAUGAUUAAUAUAAUGAAGAUGAUGACUUUUAUGAUGAUGAGAUUUACUAAUAAAUGACUAUGAAUCAGGCAAAAUUCUAUCAACUUGCUUAUUAUCAAUGCUAUUUUGAUGUGAAGACUAUGGAUGUUUUGCUCAGAUUAAGAAAAGCUAUCUGGCCAUUCUGUACUAAGAGUCAGCUUUUCGAAGAUGAAGAUAAAGUAGAUCUCUAUGGGCCUAUUUGGAUAAUGAUCACUCUCAUUGUGGAGAUAGCUAUAGUAGGAUUUAUAGAUUACUAAAUUGAUGUUGCUACACUGGCUAUCGAACUGAAAGGAGGAAAAAUUGCCUCCAAUUUAUUGACUGUUUACAGUUUACAAAAGGUUGCUAGAGCAGGUUUUGUAUGCAUCGCUUACUUCGUAUUGAAUCCUCUAAUGCUACUUCUACUAAUAAAGUAUGUUCUUUGGGUUCCAGAUAUCUAAUACCUUUGGCUGUUUGCAAUCUAUGGGUAUUCAUUUACUAUUUUCAUCAUUACUACGGCAUUAAAUGUUGUGCCUAUUGAUUGGCUGAAGUGGGUCUUCUUGGGUACAUCAGGACUAGUAAGUUUAUUCUUUAUCUUCUCAGAGAUGUAUGCACUAAUCAAAUAUAAACUUGAGUAAGGAUUCUAUAUAUAAUUAAAAUCUUAAAUGUCUGAAGCAGAAAAUACGGCACCAUUAGCUAAUGCCACAGUGCUGAGAAAGAUCAACAAGGAUGAAUUAGAGAAGCAUAAUCAGGAUGGUGAUUGCUGGGUUGUAGUGAAUGGGAAUGUAUUUGAUUUAAGCGAUUUUUAUCGCAAACAUCCAGGUGGGCCAGAUACUAUAAUGGAAUUUGCGGGAAAAGAUGGCACAGAAAAAUUCGAAUCAGCUUAACAUACUAAGGGUAAUAUUGCUGAGAUGCAGUAGUAUCUCGUUGGAUAAUAUGAUGCUCCAAGAGUUUUCAGAAAAUUAGAUGAAAUCGCUGAGCAUAAUCUCCCAAAUGAUUUAUGGUUACUUAUAGACAACAAGGUAUACGAUGUUUCAAACUUUAAGCAUCCAGGUGGUAAAGAGAUUUUACUACAGAAUGCUGGAAUGGAUGCAACAGUUUAGUUCGAGGAUAUAAAUCAUUCUAAAAAGGCCACUGAGUUUAUGAAGGAUUUAUUAAUAGGAGAGUUUAAGAUGGAAGGAGAUGAAGAGUCGUGGGAGGACUAUGUGAAAAGAAGAUAAAGAGAAGAUGCUUAACAGCUUUCAACAUGGUAAAAGCUAGUCCUUGUGGGAUUAUUUGUAGUAGUCUUCUCUUAUCUCUAUGAAUAUCUUACAGGAAAUGAUAAUAGUCCUCAAGUAGAAGUAUAUAAAUAUAAGGAGACUUGA